UCAGUGUGUUUCUUCUUAAGCACCAGACACACUUCACUCACCUCAGACACAGACAGCAGCUCAACCCUCAACCAUGCGGACUCCGGGGAUCCUGAUAUUCGGGAUGGUCAUGGCGCCCUGCGGCUGGGUCCUGGACCUGACCAGCACUGUUGCAACAAAUUGGCGCACUGUCAACAACGUGCCAGGCUACUCUACAGAUAUGGUGGUGGGCCAGGGAAUCUGGGACAGCUGCUUGACCUACUCAUCAACUAGAACCCAAACAUGCAACCAACAAGGCAACGACCAAAUCUACUUCAAAAACCAAAUCAUUCCGAUUGCUCAAGGAAUGAUGGUCGCAUCCUUGAUCGUAACUGCUCUCGGCUUGGUGGUGGCAACUCCUGGGGUUCGAUGCUGGAGGGAAAAACCCAGAUGGAUACUGGCUGCGCUGGGUGGCCUACUUAUUUUCUGUUCCGGUGUCCUGACCAUCAUUCCAAUUGCGUGGUACACUCACAUAUUGACAAGCAUCAAUUCCACAAUGGUCAUAAGAAGCUCAACGACGACCCCUGACAUCCGUGUAGGAUACUGCAUAAUUUUGGGCUACAUCGGAGGCAUCAUGGAGGUUCUCGGUGGUUUUGUGAUGUUCAUCGGGAUUUGCUCCUGCUGCGGGGGACGGAAUCGUGGAGAAAAGCCUCAACCCAAAACAACAGAAAGGCCUGUGCCCAGACCAACGGCUCAAACGAGGAGCUACAGACCAAGAAAUGAGAGUCCAAGCAAUUCCAGCAGCGUACCGUACUCGCAGAAGUCUCUGGACGAUGACCUGGACUUCCCAAGAGCCAAAACCAGAGAGAGAGACAGAGGUAGAGGAACAGACAGAGGGAGAGAUUUGGCAUCAGUCAACGCAUCCUACACUGGAAGGCCGUAUGAUGCUGAUCUCUAGAGGUAUUAACUUGGUUAAGACAUACUGUGAAUAUUCCUUUACAAUUUUGUGAGUGUUGAUGACGAAGCUGUUUGAACAACUGGAGUGUAAAUUCCUGGAAUUGUUGUUACACCAGUUUUUUUUUUUUUACAAUGUAUAAGUACACAUAUUUUUGGAAGUAUGUUUCAUGAGAAUACUAGCCUUUCUGCUUCUGUGUUUAACUGCAAUUCAAUGUCUUGUUUGAUGUAUAUUUGUAUGUAUGAAUUGUGAAUUUUCUACAGCAUUUUUUUACAAGUAUACAAGUGUACUUUAAAUGUUUACAGCAGUUACUGUUUGUGCUUUCCAUUUGCACCCUGAAGCUAAAAAACUCUGAAUUUGUACAAUAGCAAAAAAUGUAGGUUUAAAAUCAGCUCUUGCACCUUAAUGAACAUAUAAUCGGUAUCACAUUAAUAUCGCAAGGUUCGAUUUUAUACCCAAUGUCCUUUGAAAGCAUUGAAUGUGCAAUAUUUUCCAUAGCUGCGGAAAUACAGUACAAGCUAAAGUUAGUCAUCAUGGUUUCUGUAAUGCAGUAAAACUAGUAAUACUGGUUGUUUCAGUUUGAUCUCCACACAAGAUUAUGGGUCAUGUUUGAAUUGUCAGGUGAUUCAUGAGUCAAGUGAACGAUGAAAUGAUAGCAAUGAAGAAGUAAACGUCUAUGUUGUGUUAUUUUCCUGUUUUUUUAUUUGAAGAAAAUGAGCGAGAAGCUGUUGUAGAACAAUGAGCUGAGUUUGUACCUUCAGUCAGCAUCAAAACAAACUUGUACCCGUUACAUAAAUUGACCUGCAGCACAAAACAUGAAAUAUAUUACGGCAAUAAAUUAGGCUAAUUAAUUAUUAACUGUAAAACAGUUGCAUGUGACAGCAACAAGGUGUAAAUGAGGUAAAAAGCUUUCAGGAAGUAGGUGUAAGACUUUUUUUGCUGACUUUAUUUUUCCUGUAACCUACCAGAUUAUGUUGUAUUUUACACUGGGCUCAAGAUUUGUGAGGUUUCUUAACAAUCCAACUUUGUGUAAAUGUUCUUUUCUUGUAUUAAAGUACUAUUUAUUUAAAACAAA